CCUCACAACCAUGACCGGACCCACACGUUCUAGAUAACAAUUGUAAAUUGCAAGUCAUCCACAAUCAUUCCGGCAUAUCGAUCAGCCCCUUCCCCACUUGCUCUUUGUUGAAUACUACCCUUCCUUCUCCUCACCCCGCUCAGACUCGGGUAACCAUGGGAGUGGGCGAUUAUGUGCACUCAAAAGAGGCUGGCCAGCCUCGACCACGCACAACUGAAGCCUCAAACCAGUCACGGCAGGCUCUAGCCGCACAAGCAAGGGUUGACGUCCCUCCAACAAAUCUGGUGGCGCCGGUGCCCCUGCCAAUCAACAAAUCAAUUCCCCUGGAGCAUUAUUCAACACCGGCAUUUAGCGAGCAGAUGCCUCAGGCGCCCGCGGAAAAUGGCGUGCAUAGAGACAUGUUUGACACCGAUGUGGAAGGCAUCGACGACUCGACUAUCGCUGCGACGAGUGUUAUGGGCGCAGAGGAUGCUCCACUUCAAUUCCAAUUACGACCCGCCACAGUUCCUCAAUAUCAGGAGGCAGCGCCAGUAGCGGAUGAGAGGCCACUGCAUCCGUCUCGAUUGCCACGCCGUGCUUACGAUGGCAAGUGGUACGAGAAUCUUGGAGACAACGCUAUGAAAUCAGCUGGUUUCGACUCAGAAGAUGCCGAUGAUGCAAGUCAAUUGACCUCCAUGGCUGGAGACGAUGAACGAUCUGAUACAACUGAGGACGGGAACUACGCCCGCAGAUACAGAUCCUCCACCGAGGAACCAUUAAGCAAACGACUACAGAGCUUUUGGACCGCCAGCAGGAGAUCUUAUCACAAUCCAGAACCACAAGCAUAUCCCGAACCAUCAAAGACUGCUGCUGCUCCUCCUCCUCUGCGGCAAUCCACAUCCGACGCCAGAUUAUCAAAACAGGCUCUACCCAAUAGGAAAGUCACACUGCCACGCAGUAUGACAGCAACUCCACGGACACGAUUCAGUCCACCAAAGCCAUCUCUCCUAGAACAACUGGACAUAACCCCAACUCGUCGAACCUCAGGUCCUCGACCCCAACCCGGCAAAGAACCAGGUAUCACCAGCACUACCAACCACCACCAGCGCCACAACUCCGACGACAACCACCUCUUCAACACCAGCCGCGACAGCCUACCACCCCUAACCACCUUUGACAUGACCAACAUCGACGACCUAGACGUCGACGACGAUGACCACGACCCAAUCAACGACCCCUUCGCCCGCCGCAACUCCGUCCAACGCAUCGUCUCAGAGGACGACCCCGACUUCCAACCCACCAAGAGCACCAUCACCAUCGGCACCAGUACCAAAAACAAGAAACGUAACCUCGAAUCCGACUACCCACCCGAAAUCCUGCGCCAAAAAUCCUUCAAGGACCUCCAAUCCGAACCCUUCGACCACACCCCAACCGCACCCGCCAAAUCCACCCCCACCACCACCACGCCAGCCCCCAACACAGGCCCCAACGCCACCUCAGACGAGAAAAUUGACUUCCUACUAAACUCCGAAGACAAAGACCGCCGCGACUUCUUCUCCACGCUCACGAUGAACGAAUGGGAAGAUUACGGCGAUCUCCUCAUCGACCAAUUCAGCAACGCACUUUCCAAGAUGAAAGAUCUCCGCCAUGCAAGACGGAAAACGGCGGCAUUGUUUGAGGCGGACAUUGCGAGGAGGAAUGAGGUGGUGGAGGAGCAGUCUGCUGAUUUGACGAGGAAGUUGGAGGAGAUGAGGAGUGGGGGGGCGGAGGUGUUGAGGGGGAGGACGCCUUGAUUUUAUUUUACCUAAUAUAUGAUAUAAGUGAGAGGAGUUUAACUUGCAUAUAUACUUAAUGGCCUUCUCGGCGAAGGAUGUACUCGCUUGUGUUGAUUCUAUUUCUAUGUUUUUUUUAUUGGGGUUGUGGUAUGUGCGUGCAUGGACUGGAGAAUUGCACUUUAUCACCAACAUUUCGAUCAUGAUUUCGUUUAUUGUUAUAGGAUUAAGACUGUAUUUGUUUCUUGUUGUUUCUCGGGAUAUUCAAGGUUUAUGAUAGAGCUUACGUGAGGAUGACCAUCACUAUACCAUGUUUCAAUUACUGCUUUGUUAUGUAUGGUUUUCGCUGAACAAUCCUCAUAUCACCAUCAUCAUUUAGCAAUAUCAUUAUACUCCACACCUAUA